ACGGUUACUGACCGUUACUGACCGUUAGCCCGUUUAAUGCGGGACUGAGAGGCGGGUGCUGUGUGUGCGGGCGGACAGAGCAACAGGGCACCUGCGGAGAGCCAACGAAGGCCACUGGGAGCAGGAAGAGUCCAGUUAUAGGAGACUGCUGAGCGAUGCUAAGAUAUCUGCUGCAGCAGGAAGUGGGAGCCUAGCACUGCUAUGAGUGAGAGUUAAGCACAGCCAUGACGCUAUUCCUGGUGGAGACAAGUUGCAGCCUGAUUGGCUGGCUCUCUCUCUACAUACUACUGUGUUACGUGAACGGGAAGCAAGGCUGCGAGUGGAACUGCAGACUGGUCACUCUGCUCCACGGUGUCCUCAUCGUCUGUGUGACCGCUUACAUCGGCUUCGUUGAUGGGCCAUGGCCAUUUACACACCCUGGGACCGAAAACACCCCUCUUCAGAUGUUAGCCUUGCUGCUCAGCUUGGGCUACUUCCUCUUCGACAUGGCCUGGUGUGUGUACUUCCGCACAGAAGGUUCGGUCAUGCUGGCCCACCACACCCUAAGCAUCCUGGGCAUCGUAUCUGCGCUGGGCAUCGGUGAGUCGGGCAUCGAAGUGUGUGCUGUACUGUUCGGCAGCGAGAUCACCAACCCCCUCCUUCAGGCCCGCUGGUUCCUCAAGCAGAUGGGCCGCUACAACAGUGUGACCGGAGACGCUGUCGAUCUCCUCUUCAUCACCCUCUUUGCUUUUGUGCGCAUGGGCAUCGGCAGCCGCAUGCUGUACUGCGAGCUGGUCUCCCCCAAGCCCAAAAUGGUGAUGAAGUGGGGCGGCGUGGCCAUUUAUGGCCUCUCUUGUGUCUUUAUGGUGGAUAUUGCACGCUUCGCUUGUCGAAAGACUCGGGCCAAGUACAAGCGGUGGCAAGAGCAGCAGAAGCUUGAUAGCGCUAACGGAUAUACUGGAAAGUAGUGAACUAAAGGAGGUGGACUGGAGGGAACUUUUUAACAUUUUGUUUACUUAAUGACUUGAAAUGGCAACUUGAAAUAUGAAAUGAAAGCUCUCAUAGGUAUCCUUAAAGGAGAAUUUGGGUAAUCAUAACUCUAAAUUGUGGUUAAGAUGAUGGGUCGUGAAAACAUAAUGAUAAGUACCAAAAGCAGACAUUUUUUGAUCUAACUUUUAGAUAUUUUUGACAAAAUGAUUAUACCUUUCAUUUCCUCAAUCCGGUAUUGGUAGCAACUUUAAACAACUGCAACCUCAGAAC